AUGUAUAGGUUAUUUAGGUUUCGGUCUCAAAUAAAAAAUGGAUUUCCUCAAAUAGUUUUAAUUGACAAGCCUCAUUUACUGAAAACAGCAAAUUUUUCUAAUAUUCCAGAAAGUAUUGAAACUAAAACUUUGAUAAAGACCAAACAGUUCAAAAGAAAUGUCAAACGAUUUUCAGAAGUAGUACAAGUUACCGAUAGUGUUACCAGUCAAUCUAAAGUAAAAGUAAAACAUUUAAAACCUAACCAAGUGCAAAAAAUGGUUGCUUGUAAAAAACCAUUGGCUAUGUUUCCUAAAACAGAAAUAACAAAUGAUUGUUCUCAUAAACUUUCCAUGAAAACUAUAUCUGAUAUAAAAAAAAAUAGCCUUAAAGAAGCGCUGUUAGAUGAUAUAGAUGAAUUGAAUGAAGAUCAAAUCAGUUUGCUUAAAGAUACUGAAUUUUUGCAAACAAUAACAAUGACAGAGAAUGACAUCGAAAAUAAAUUUGCUCCCGGCCAUUUAAAAGGAGAACAAGACAUUUACAAUAGUAUUGAAUUACCAAAAAGCAAAGACAAAUUAUCAAAAAGAGAACGUAAUCGAAAUAUUGCUGUAAAAAAUAAACUUGAGCUAAAAGAAGCUAUUAAGCAACUCAAUAUUAAAGGCCGUGAAAAAAGUCUCAAUCAAACACUUCUGGCAUAUAUAGAUUUAUGUGUGUGUUGUGGAUUUCUUAAUAGAGGAUUGGCAGCUUUAAAUCAUUAUUGUUAUAAGAGUGUUUCAAAUAAAGUGUCUCUAAAAAUAACUGAUAUUCGGAUUUUUACAUGUUUAAUGCAUGGUUUUGCAAGCAAGGGAAACUAUGAAAAAUUAAAGGAAAUUUGGUCAUUAUUAGAACUAUCACAAACAAAACCAAAUAUUCAAGCUUAUGCAGCUGCGUUUGAGUGUUUGGUUAAUAAAAAAGAACCAUGCUCAUCUGAUAUAUUACGAGGAUUAUAUAAUCAAUUUUUAUCUGAUGGGUUUACGUUUAAUAAUUUAUUUGAAAAUUGUAUUUAUAUCGGAAAUCAACGAGAACAAGUAUUAAAAGCUGUGCAAUUAUUAGAUCCUUCAUUUGAACCUCAUCUCAGUAUUGAAAAUAUUUAUUAUUCUUGCCCUCUUUUAGAUCAUUUAAAUUCACAAAAAUCUACGUUUAAAUGCCCGGCUGAAGGUCUUUUCAACGAAAAGAAAAUUCUUGAAUGUGCUCGGAAACAACUAGAAUCAGAAAUGUCUACUAUUGUAAAAGUACUGUCAGUCGACAAUAAUCCCACACCAUCUCAAAAAGUUUUAGAUUACAGAAAUAAAUUAGAAGAUUUACAAGAAAAAUGGAAAGAAACUAUAAGGAAUGCUAUUGCGCGUGAAUUAGAAAGUAUACGUGCUCAGCAUAACUGUUUAAAAUCUUAUCGGAAUGUAAAUAUAUAUCCUUAUUUAAGAGUUUUAAACACAGAACAAUAUGUUGAUAUAAUUAUACAAGAAGUUCGAAAGCUAGCUGAAGGGUCUGAAACAUUUAGCCCGACAGUAAAUUUACUAUAUCGAAAUUUGGCUAAUCAAGUUAGAUUAAGGUACCAAAUUAAAUACAAAAAGAAUACAAAAAUUAUAGAAAAGUUGAAAGCAGUUUAUACCGAUUAUUGUUCAUGGUAUAUUAAUAGUAAAAAUGAUGAUAGUCAAAAUACGAGGCAACAAUGGCAACAAUUAGUACACAAAUACAAAGGAAUAGGAGCAGAUAUUGAACAAGAUGACAAACAAUGGCCUUCUACUGUAUUAAACAGCGUUGGGAAAUUUUUAUACAAUAUUAUUAUUAAAGAUAUAAAAAUUGAUGUUAAUAUCAUGAAAGACAAUAUAGAAGAGGAGCAUUUAUUACCAGCAUUUUAUACAGUUUUUCGUGGACAAUGUCAGCAUGUAAAACAAGAAAUCAAACCACAUCCUGUAUUGUCAAAACUUUAUCAGUUAUCUGAACCUAAUGAUUUAAUAUUUGAUGUUACUAUGAUUCCUAUGUUGAGUCCGCCAGUUCCUUGGACUUCAAUCAAUUCUGGAGGGUAUAUUGCUGCUAAAGCAGAUCUAAUUAGGUUACCACAACAAGCUAUUUUACAAUGGCAUAGACUUGAGCAAACACCAAAACAGGAACUUUAUCCAGCCUUAGAUGCACUGAAUCAGUUGGCCUCUAUACCCUGGACUAUUAAUAAACCUGUUUUGGAUGUAGUUCUUCAAGUAUUUCGUUCAGGUGGUUCUUCAAAAUUAGAUAUUCCAAAGCCUAUAUCUGCCUUCCCAUCUCCUCAACCAAUAUUACAGAGUAUGAGUAAAGAUGAACGUUCUAGGUUGUAUAAAGAACGUGCUAUAUUGAAAAGACAGAAAGCUGAAAUGUUUAGUUUGUGGUGUGAUGCUUUAUAUCGCCUGUCAUUAGCAAAUCACUUUUGCGGUAAAACAUUUUGGUUGCCUCACAAUAUGGAUUUUCGAGGUCGAGUAUAUCCAUGUCCUCCUCACUUAAACCAUCUUGGCUCAGAUAUGGCCAGGUCACUGUUGUGUUUUGCUAAAGGAGAACCACUUGGGUCUAAUGGUCUAAACUGGUUGAAAAUACAUUGCGUUAAUUUAACUGGACUGAAAAAAAGAAAUUCUGUUAAAGAAAGACUUCAAUAUGCAGAAGAGAUACUUCCAGAUAUAUUAAAUUCUGCCCAUAACCCAUUAGGAGGAAAUAUGUGGUGGGCCGAAUCUGAGAAUCCUUGGCAAACUUUAGCUUGUUGUAUUGAGAUAUCCCAUGCUCUACAAUUAGAAAAUCCAGAAAACUUUAUUUCUCAUUUCCCUGUUCAUCAAGAUGGAUCAUGUAACGGUUUGCAACAUUAUGCUGCAUUAGGUAAAGAUUUUGCAGGAGCAGUGAGUGUCAACCUAACUCCUUCUGAUAUACCACAAGAUGUGUAUAGUUGUGUUGCAGCUAUGGUUGAAAGAGAACGUUUAAAAGACGCUGCAAAUGAUGUUGUGAUAGCAAAAUAUUUAGAUGGAUUUGUUAGACGUAAAGUAAUUAAACAGACUGUAAUGACAACAGUUUAUGGUGUAACUAGAUUUGGUGCUCGUUUACAAAUUGCUAAACAAUUGAAAGAUAUUGAUUCAUUUCCUAAAGAUAAAGUUUGGUCGGCUUCUACUUAUUUAGUGGCAAAAACAUUUGAAAGCUUAAGAGAAAUGUUCACUUCUACAAAAGAGAUACAAGAUUGGUUUACAGAAUGUGCCCGUGUAAUAUCACAAUCAUGUGGUCAAAGUGUAGAAUGGAUAACACCAUUAGGAUUACCAGUAGUCCAACCAUACAAUCGUAGAAAUAAAUGCCAAGAUUACACUAAGAAAUCUAGUGUUAAAAUGGAAGAACAUUUUAUACUGGAUAUGUAUGAUCGGCCAAAUGUGAUGAAACAAAAGAAUGCCUUUCCCCCAAACUUUAUCCAUUCGUUGGAUUCUAGUCAUAUGAUGUUAACAUCUCUUCACUGUGAACGAGCAGGGAUCACAUAUGUAUCAGUGCAUGACUGUUUCUGGACACAUCCUAAUUCUGUUGAGGUUAUGGGAAAAAUUUGUAGAGAACAAUUUGUAGCACUACACAAUGAACCAAUUCUAGAAAAUUUAUCUAAUUUUAUGAUUAAUAAAUAUAACCUUCCUAAUUACGAUAUUACGAAUGAUACUCAAGAUAUGUUAAAUGUUUUUCAACAGUUACCUAAAAAAGGAGAUUUUAAACUUAAUAAUGUUCUAGACUCUGUGUAUUUUUUUAGUUGA